AUGUUCUCCAGCAAAGGCCUCUUCAAGCACAUCGUCUGUCCCAACGGUGCUGCUUGCCGUAUGCCCAAUUGCAUUUUCGGACAUGACUUUCCCGGCACCACAGACGAGUCGCGUCAGCCUGCGCCCGCUCAGGUAGGACACGAGCAGAAACGUCGCAAGCUAGACGAUGGCACCAAAGCCUCUCCACCCAUUCCCGCCGAGGCGGAGAAGAAGGCUUUCACUGGAGGUUUGGUUCCGGCUAAAACUGCUGUCAGCGGUAAGGAUGCUUCUGCCAAAAGCCAACCUCGCAGCACCAUCGCCAAUCCACCAAGUCAAUUGCAAUCUGCCAAACGCCCCGUGUCACCCCCUCUAAAGUCCGCCUUGGUAGGACAGAAAGCGAAGCCCGGACCUGCAGCGAACAAGACCGCCUCGUCUGCAGCAAAGAAGCCGCAGGAGGUAAAAGAGACCUUGAACCCACGCCGUGUGGCCAAAGAACCCGAGAAGUGGGGCAUUCGUAUGGCUCUUCUUGAGAAGCUUCAUGAGAUGAUGGUACCUCUGAAUAAGCAAGCUGGCGAGAGCUCUGAUCCCGAACUCAAGGCCUUGCAUCUGGACGACAAUGCACUAAUCAAAGCAGCUCUGGACGAGGAAGAAGAGCUCGCCCUGACUCAAGGCAAGGUCUACAAGAAUGUGAUCAAGCUCCGCAUCCUGGCAUACAAGAAGAUGAACAUCGAAGCCUGGAAGCAACACCGCCUUACAGCGACGAAAGGCGCCGCUCCCCAAAAGGAGGAACCCAAGGUCAUUGACACAGGUCUCACUCCAGAGCAGGAGACUAUGUUCCUCCAACGUCUCAUUGCCAACCAGGUAGGUCUCGACAAGCACGGCUAUGUCACUGCCGUCCCCACGGAUGCAGACAUCGACCAAGCUAGGCGUGGUGUCGAGAUGAGUGCGAACUACGAAGUAUGCGAUCGCUGCAGGACCCGCUUCCAAGUAUUUCCCGAGCGUCGUGUUGAAGACGGUGCCCUCACCACGGGUAGCCAUUGCACAUUCCACUGGGGCAAGCCUUUCCGUCCCCAGUACAAGAAGACUGAGGCAAUCACUGGCCGAGCAGACAUGCGCUACGCCUGCUGUCAAGAAAUCACAGGUUCACCGGGCUGUUCGACUUUGGAUACCCACGUCUUCAAGAUAUCCGAGACCAAGCGACUGGCGCUUGUCUUCCCUUUCAUUUCUACGCCGCCCAAUCCUAAUCCGAUCAAAGGUAGAGCAGUAUGCUUCGAUUGCGAAAUGGGCUACACUGUCUACGGCAUGGAACUUAUCCGUCUUACGGCAACAUCAUGGCCUGACGGAGAGCCUCUGAUCGAUGUUCUCGUUCGCCCUCUCGGAACGGUUCUUGAUUUGAAUACUAGAUUUUCUGGCGUUACCCCCGAUCAGUUCUUCAACGCUCAGCCGUACGAUCCAGCUGACCCUUCCUCGGCCAACCCCAGGGCAGUUGAUGGCGAGAAGCAGCCAGCACUUCGGAUAGUUUCGAGCCCCGCCGAGGCUCGCUCCCUUCUUCUUUCAUUCAUUGCGCCCGAGACUCCAUUGCUUGGCCACGCAUUGGAGAACGACUUGAACUCGAUUCGUCUAGUACACCCCACCAUCGUCGAUACCGUCUUGCUUUUCCCAAUCAGAGGAGGCCUGCCGGCACGUCCGGCCCUUAAGGGGCUCGUCAAGGGAUUGCUUGGGAAGGACAUUCAGACGGCGGGCGCGGCCGGUCACGACAGUUUGGAAGACUCACGGGCGACUGGGGAGCUCGUCCGGGUCAAGGUUGAGAGGGAAUGGCGGCAGUUGAAGAACUCAGGCUGGACAGUGAGAGAUGAUGGCUUCUACCCUCCGUUUCCCAAAGAAGGCCAAGGUCCGGCUACAUUGGCGGCGAUCAAUCGGGCGCCGAUGAAAAAAUCCAAGAAGAGGAGGGGCUCAGAGACAGAAUAA